AAUAGUCUCAUAAGUACUUUGCAUUCUUCUACCAAUAGGUUGUAUUGAUCCAUCCGAGCCUUUUCAAUGUCCACAUACUGAAAAAUGUAUUGCAUUACAAUUUAUUUGCGAUGGUCACCCAGACGAUUGUCCCGGUAAUCUAGAUGAAAAUGAAGAAACGUGUAUAGCAGCAAAACGUCCAGCGAAAGAAAAUAUUGAAAAAUUGUUGCAUGCCGAAUAUGUUCUUCAAGGAACAAAACUAUUUAAAUUUUUAUUUGGAUACAAACUAGGUCAAAGUAUUAAAGAAAACAAAAUGUUUUGGUUAGAUGCACUAGCAUCUGCAUUUUCAGUUGCAAAAACAAUACAGAGUUUUGCUGAAAAACUUGGUAUGUCAACUGAGGAUCUGAAUCAUUUUCAGCAUGUAAUGGUAAUGAUACACAGUGGACAUUUAGAAGAAAUUCCGUUUUAUGCACAAGACGCUGUUACACAAGGACUGGCAUCGCUCGUUGAAAACCUUUAUGAAUCUGGUUUCAUGGAUCAAUAA